CUUGUGGGGGGCUGCUCCUCCCUAUAGCCCCCAACCCUUGCCCCCCCCCCAACCCCCCCCCCCCCCCCGCCCCGGGCCGGGCCCAAGUCUGUCUGGAAGCCACACACCUCCCUUCCUGCCCUCUCUCGCUCCCUGCCUCGGCCCCCGCCGUUGCCAGCUGAUUUCAUUUGCCUGAUGUUGUCGUCGUUGGCCCUACCUUCUCUGUCAGUGCCCCCCCCCAACCCCCCCGGAGCUGGGGCCAGGCCAGGCCAGCUCCUCUGGCAGCAGAGCCGGGGCAGGUGACGGGCUGGCGUCGCAGCUGAGGGAGUAGAGAGGCGCCUGGGCACCGGAGCUGGAAACCCAGGAGAGGUCCAGUCAGAGUCCAAGAGCCGGAACUACCCCUCAACCUGUCAGCCAUGGGGGAGAUGGAGCAGCUGCGGCAGGAAGCAGAGCAGCUCAAGAAGCAGAUUGCAGAUGCCCGGAAAGCCUGUGCCGACAUUACUCUGGCAGAGCUGGUGUCGGGCCUCGAGGUCGUGGGAAGAGUCCAGAUGCGGACGCGGCGGACGUUAAGGGGACACCUGGCCAAGAUCUAUGCCAUGCACUGGGCCACCGACUCCAAGCUGCUGGUAAGUGCCUCGCAAGACGGGAAGCUGAUCGUGUGGGACACCUAUACCACCAAUAAGGUGCACGCCAUCCCGCUGCGCUCCUCCUGGGUCAUGACGUGUGCCUAUGCCCCAUCAGGGAACUUUGUGGCAUGUGGGGGGCUGGACAACAUGUGCUCCAUCUACAGCCUCAAGUCCCGUGAGGGCAAUGUCAAGGUCAGCCGGGAGCUCUCUGCUCACACAGGUUAUCUCUCCUGCUGCCGCUUCCUGGAUGACAACAACAUCGUGACCAGCUCUGGGGACACCACUUGUGCUCUGUGGGAUAUCGAGACUGGGCAGCAGAAGACCGUGUUUGUGGGGCACACGGGGGACUGCAUGAGUCUGGCUGUCUCUCCUGACUUCAAACUCUUCAUUUCGGGCGCUUGUGACGCCAGCGCCAAGCUCUGGGACGUGCGGGAGGGAACCUGUCGGCAGACUUUCACUGGCCACGAGUCGGACAUCAACGCUAUCUGCUUCUUCCCCAACGGAGAGGCCAUCUGCACAGGCUCGGACGACGCCUCCUGCCGCCUGUUUGACCUGCGGGCAGACCAGGAGCUGACUGCCUACUCCCACGAGAGCAUCAUCUGUGGUAUCACAUCCGUGGCCUUCUCCCUCAGCGGCCGUCUGCUCUUUGCAGGCUACGACGACUUCAAUUGCAACAUCUGGGACUCCAUGAAGUGCGAGCGUGUGGGCAUCCUUUCUGGCCAUGACAACAGGGUCAGCUGCCUGGGGGUCACAGCUGAUGGGAUGGCUGUGGCCACUGGCUCCUGGGACAGCUUCCUCAAAGUCUGGAACUAAGGAGGCUGGAGGAGGGGAGGUAAAAGGCCAUGAAGACACUCAGUUGCCCCCUCCCCUGCCCAAUUUUCUUUUAAGAUUUCUUUUAAGGUUUUUUUCUUCUACACCCCAGCUGCCAUUCCCACCCAGCUUUGUCCUUUGAGGGCAGCAGGGAAAACGGGGGUAUGCCUAUGGGAGGCAGCAGCAGGGACACAGGGGCAAAGAACUGCCCCAUCUCCUCCCAUGGCCUCCCCUCUCCAUCGUCCUGCAGCUUCUUCCUCACUGGGCAAGGACAACUGACCUCUCCCCUAGCCCUUGGCAGGCCUACCAGGCUUCCAGUCUGAGGCCCCAGGCCCUGGAAUUCCUCCCCCAGAGCCACUACCUUUGUCCAGACCUGGGUGGCAGAGGGUGCUCCAUCCUGUGACUAUGGCUCUGGCACCUCUAGGAUCCUGGCCCCUUUCUUCAUGAUUUCUCCCCUUUCUACCUUCUUUAUUUCCCUCCUAAAGGACCUGCAAUAAAGUGUAGUGCCC